AUGCCUACAACGGGCAGGGACUCUCCUGCGCGCCCAUCCAUACGCGAAACUAUAGCAGCCCGACGCGCCGAGUUGCGCAAGACCCCCAAAUCUCAGCGAACGGGCGACCUUCAAACAUACGGUAGCCCGGCUGGCAGACGAGCCGGCACUCCUCGAGGAUUUGUCUACCUUGACGGGAAUGGAGUGGAUCAGAUCGAUGACAAGUCAGUGGAAGGUCAGAUCAGGAAGGCCAAGAAGAGUGGCAAGCUCAAUAUUGCUGGAUUGGAGCUUGACCGUAUCCCUGCAAAGGUCUUCACUGAGCUACUCGGUCUCGACCCCAAGGGGCUCUCCAACCCUCCCCCACCUCCAUCACCCAAACCCACUCUCUUGGCGCCGAAAGCACGACCAGCUAGCGCGAGCCCGUUCGCGACUGAAGACGACUUUCAAAACGACGCACUAAAAGACGAUGUUUUUGGGAAGCCUUUAGAGAAAGAAGAAGUGUGGACGGAACCUGAGGAGGAGCUCACCACGUUUAAAGCGGGGCAUAAUCAGAUCUUGACGGUGGACAAGGAAAUUGGCAUGUUUGGUGGGCUCAAGAUUCUAGAUCUCAGCAGAAACGGACUGACUGCCAUCCCUGAUAGCCUUUCAGACCUCUUGAGGUUGACAUCGCUAGACCUUUCACACAACAAGCUCACCUCCAUCCCUCGCUCAACCUUGCUCCUUCCCAAACUCCAAUGGCUUGACCUCUCUAGCAACUCCAUAGCAUCUUUGUCUUUUGACUCUCCUAUUGGACCUUCCGAAGAUGGCUUGGGUUAUGGCCAAGGCUUCUUCUCUACAGCCAUCUCCAGAGCAGCCUCUGCAAAGACCGAGCGCCCCGUACUUCCUGAUUUACACCAUCUGAACCUCGGAAACAAUAAGCUUUCGAUUGAAGGGCUUAGAGCCCUCGUCCACAUCAAGCUUCGGGGCAUGAGGUCCUUAAAUCUGGAGAGAAACGCAAUCAAGGGAGUUGUCAAUGCCGAGGACCUGGGUGUCAAUGCGAAAGCCAUGCCUGAGCUGUCGCACCUUGUACUGUCUGGUAAUGCCAACUUCCGUGGUAUUGAUGGAGAGCUUGCCUCUGCUGUUAUGGUGGAAACUGCUGGGUGCAACCUGCGCCAGCAUGCCCCUGCCUUCAGCCGCGAAGCUACUCCCGCCGCGGAGGAUACCUCUUUCACCGCUCCUGAAUCUGCCAUUUCAUCCCCAAAGAAACCCACAGGCCCUUCGCUGCCUGUACCCGAACCCGACCUGACAAUAGUCUACAAGAAUACUCCCGCCAUGACAUUCGAUUCCGAACCCUUGGCUAUCGAUUUCGACAUCUACCUCCCUACUGCACCUGCUGGUCCAUCGGGGCACCCUCUUGUGGUCUGGUUCCACGGCGGAGGUCUCUUGCAGGGCAACAAGGAGAACCUUCCUCCUCACUUCCGACGUCUGCCCUCACACGUGUAUCAUGGAGAAGAUGGGAAGGCGGACGAGAGUGUCGUUGUCAUUUCCCCCAACUAUCGUCUUGCGCCUCAAGCGCCCAUCAUUGAUAUCCUUUCAGACGUCACUUCUCUGCUGGAUUUCAUCCGCACCAAGCUUAACGAUAAAUUGGUCAAGGAGGGCCAAAGCGAACACAAGGUCGAUGUCGAACGUAUCUGUCUUUCUGGAGGAUCUGCCGGAGGUUAUCUGGCAUUAAUGGCUGGCUUGGAAGUGCCGAAGGAAGUGUCGGAUGAAGAUGCUGGUGGCUUUAGGGGAGGGUCGAAGGGCAUCAAAUGUCUGGCGCCUUUUUAUCCCAUCACGGAUCUGACAGACAAGUUUUGGUCAACUGAGACAAUCCCUGUACCAUGGAUGAAUGGCACGAUCAUAACCCAUGCGCAAGCAAAACCUCACAUUGAUACCAAGGCUGCUCAUAUCUGCACAGCAGUCUCGGGCGGACCUCGCUCCAUCCUAUAUCCCUACAUGCUUCAACAUUCGCUCUUCCCCUCACUCCUUUUCCGCACCCAACGCGCCAUUGGCAACGGCUACGAUUCCUUCCGCCCCACGCCUCUUGCCCUUUCUGUAACUAAUCGCCUCGAGCUGACCGCCAAGUCGAGCAGGGCUCAGCCUCAUGUGCCCAUCUACUUUAUAUACGGGACCCUUGAUGACAAGGUGCAGCCCAUGGACCACACGCUGGAGGUGCUGAACAAGGUUGAAGGAGAGCUUGUGGUCGAGAGGAUUGAAGGAGGCGACCAUAUGUAUGAUGAGGACCCGGCGGUUGAGUGCGAGGCGCUCAGAGAGUGGUUGGGCAAGACGCUGCUAUAA